CUUUACCCACAAUGCUCCGCGGUGUCGUAUUUCCGGUUCGGAUUUCUUCCUUCCUCCUUUAGGUGGACGGCCAAAAGGAAAGAGAAUGCUGGCAACUAGAGCUCUUCGUCUUGUUGGGAAGCGCGCCUUGUCGACUUCAGCAUGCCUGCGUGGCCAUGGAGUCGCCAAGGUGGAGGACUACACCCUCCCAGCAUAUUUUGACCGCCGUGAGGUCCCCCUGCCUGAGAUUAGAUAUGUCCAGCAACUGAAUCCGGAGCAGAAGUCCCUCAAAGAGAAGGAGAAGGGCUCCUGGGCUGUGUUGUCCAACGAGGAGAAAGUUGCACUGUACCGUAUCAGCUUCAAGGACAGCUUUGCUGAGAUGGAUAAGGGUACAGGGGAGUGGAAGACCGUGGUCGCUGGAGUCUUGUUCUUCAUUGGCUUCACUGGCUUUGUCGUGCUGUGGCAGAGGAAAUAUGUUUACGGAGACGUUCCUCACACCUUCGACCCCGAGUACAAGCAGAAGGAGCUCCAGAGGAUGCUUGACAUGAGGAUCAACCCCGUCGAGGGCUUUUCCGCCAACUGGGACUAUGAGAACAAAGCUUGGAAGAAAUAAAUUGUCUUUAAUGUUUUAUCAGUGGACCACGUUACACAACUUCAUGUUAAGUUUCAGUGUGCAGAUCAGUGAAAAGUCGAUGUAUGACUUUGUCUAUACCUCAAUGAAUGCGUCCUGGAAGACCACUUCCUCUUAAGGUUAUUGUAUACUAUAAAGAGAAUAAAACUCCCAACCAUC